UGGUCCUUGUCAGCAAGCGACGCGUACCCAGCCUGUUUCUAGGGCGAGCGUGAAAGGCGUCACAUUUGGUGAAAUAUACGAGCAAAUAACGUCUGACGACAUGAAAUCUCAUCCGUUAAUCAUUCGAUUAAUGUAUCUGUGAGAACUUACGCCAAGCAAGGCGACGCGUUUUGUGUUUUUCUGUCGGCAUGAAUCUCGGAGAUGGCUUGUUGUUUGAACUUGAAAAUGGAAAACCCAAGUUGAUUAUCCUCAGUCGGGAUGUUCAGAAGAACCCAGUGAAGUCAUCCCUCAGAUCCCGAGCUGGCAGUGUUCUCGGCUCCAGACAGCUGUCCUGUCUGGAGGAGGCUCAGGUGGAGCAGUCCGUCAGGCAGCAGGCAGCAAGGUCCACAGAGGGGAGAAUAAAUUUGGCAAGGAAGAGCAUCAACGCUCUGGAAAGUAAACACAUCAAAAGUAAAACAUCCAGAACACACAGUCAACCAGCCACAGCUACGGCUGCUCCAAAGGUCAAGUCUAACCGUUACAAACAAGCCGGGUCUGCUAAAGUGCAAACUGGAUUGGUUCAGAAGAAGGCAGGACUGAAGGGAGGGACGGACAGUGUGGUUUGUCUGACCAAUGAUCAGCUGCAGCAGAUCCUCAAAGCCGUGCAGACCUCCAGCAGUGGACCCACAUUAGUGACCGAUGCACCCGAGGAGUCUGAUGUCCUUAAUGAGGAUCCAAAGUUAGAGUCCUUUUUGAAGAGGGACAGAUUAGAAGAUGUGACACAAGAUGACAAAUGCGGAGAAGACGUGGAUCAGCCCAGGGAAGGUGGUGGAAAGGAGAUGUCAGUGGAUAAAGACAGCAGGUCCUCUGGAGGUUUGUUACACUGGAUGCAGGAGAGGGAGUCAGACAGCCGAGCGGCCAUUCGCGCCAAGAGAGCUCAGUGGAGGAGAGAGCUCAGCGAGCAGCUUGCACAGAAGCAGCGCCAAUCGGCUUCACUGCAGGUUCAGAACAGCACAGAUACUGCAUUGACAGCUCCAGGUUCCUCUAUUCAUCAGGAGCAGACAGCAGCCGUCAGAUCCAUUCUCCAAAUUGGGCAGGAGGUGACGUCCAUGGAGGAGAGGCUGAAGGAGGAUAGGAGAGAGGAGCAGAGGAGACGCUGGCUGGAGGAGUUGGACCGCCAGAGAGAGGAGACGAGCGAACGACGUCGGAGAGAAAAAUUCCUUCAAAGUCAGACUGAAGAUCACGACCACUGGGCUUCGCACUUUGACUCGCUGCAGCGGAGGUUCCCUGCCGUGACAGCAGCGCCUCCUAGUGUCUCCGAGCCAGGCUGGGAGCCCACGUCCAGUCUGUCUCUGUGGGAGGCUGCCAGCAGCUGUGGAGUGGACAGUGUUGUUGGAGCCAGUGUGGACCUGAGCGGCAGGUUCCCCACCAGGACCAGUUAUCUGAGGAGCAUGACGGCCCUGCUGGACCCAGUCCAGAUAGAGGAGAGGGAGAGGAAGAGGCUCAAGCAGCUGGAGCAACAGCGGGUGAUAGAUGCACAAGUGGAGGAGCGGAGGCUGCAGAAGCAGAAGGAGGCGGAGAUGAGGAAGGCAGAGGAAGAGGAGGAGGAGGGUAGGCUGGUGCUGGAGCGAGCAGCGCUGCAGAAGCAGUACGAGGAGGAGCGAGAGACGCAGAAGGAGCAACAGAAGGCGAAUGAGGAUGGAGUCGUUCAGCCAGAGCUCAGCUGUGGGCGGAGUCACUGUGACGUCACUGACCUGGAGCCACACGCUCGCCCAGCCCAAACAGAAGUCACCUCAGCCGAGCGUUCGGAGCCGAUGGUCUCGCGUCCAGUGUCCUCGUACAAAGACACAGCGGUUCAGACGGACACAGACCUCACUCUGCUGCCCGGCACUGAAAAGAAACUUGACGGCGCAGAAGCUUCUUCACGGAUCCAGCGCCCCUCUCACCAUCCUCCCACGAGCACUCGGCUGCUGAAAGUCAAGUCAGGGAAGGAGAACAUCUGCGCCGGUGCAGGAGGCGUGGACCCGUACCAGCCAUUCGCGAGGAGCGAGAGGAGUAAGAAGGACAAGAAGAGACCCGAGUGGAACACACAGAGGCCAAGUCAGCGUUUUGUCCCUGCCUCUGAGCGGUACCCCGUCCCGCUGCAGAGGGUCCGACAGGAGAGCCGACUGAAGCGCCAGGCGGAGCUCAUGGCCCUGCAGGAGAAGACCCGAGUGACCCAGGAGCCUCGCCUUAGCUCAAACCUGCCACAGAGGAGAAGCAACAAGAGCGACUCCAGAGGUCCCGUCUUCUCUGCAACUGUCAGCAUGGAGAGGGGGCGCACACCAACUCUACCGUCUCUCAGAAGUGAUGCCCAGACUUCCUUGUCCCGUCCUCAACUGCCUGUCCUGGAGUUUGUCCCAUAUGUUCGUACUGAUGAAGUGUUUAAUCUAGACCCUCUGGAGCCUGCGCACAUGCCUGAGACACGCACGGAAGCUCACCAAGCUCCUCCCCAGGACGUCCCAGUCCAACCUGAGAUGCUCUACAACUCCUACUCUCACCAAAAGCAGGAGAUCCUGAGAGGCCUGGCCCAGCUCAGACAGGGUUUGUUGCAGAAGCAGAGAGAGCUGGAGUCCGAUCUGAGCCCACCGCGACAUCACCAUGACAACAGUGAACGAGUGACCUCCAGUCUUGGAAUGGGUUAAGUUUUUGGUUGUCAGGAGAAGGAGCAGAGGUACGAACAUGAAUGGCAGGAAAUUUGAAGGGUUGCAUUGAAGUCACUUGUGCUUUUGGUUUUAAAUUGUGGAGCGGUCUCAUGUUUAACAUGACGAACUGAACCAAAUGGACUUCAGUGAAAUCAUUGUGUGAGUCUUUGUGCAGCAGUUUCAAUCUACUGAAUGUAAAAAAUGUGUUUUUCACGUUUUUAUGAAACACUAUGGACUAACGGAUGCAUGCUGUGUUCUUCUAAUGGUUCUCAAUGUUUUUGUUUUUUUAAUAAACACCCAAACUUUCAAAGUUUCACCGUUUAAUAAGAAGUGGUAAUUAUGGUUAUCAACGCCCUCUGGUAGGUGGCGCUGACACUUCAGCUGUUGAAGACUCCGUUGCGACUGUAGAAAGUGUUUUUCACCACUGAUGAGCGUGGACAGGACGGCGGUCUGUAGGCCAGCGUGUAGUCACCUGUGGGCGGGACCUUGAGUUAAAACAGACCCGCUGAUAAAAACUCAGGAGUCAGCAAUUCUGUGCUUUGUGUCUUUGCCACCUGCCAUUUGUUUCUCACCGUCACAGCAGCAAAGCAAACUACUGUGUUGUGUGUGAAGACUUACACGUGUAGAUGGCGGCCUAGUGCGUCACUGUGAGUUGUUCUACUUGGUGUGUCAUGUGUCCAGAAGCAGAAUAAAGAGAGUGUGUACCGAGUCUCCAUCCAUAGUCCCAUGAGGACAACAGCGGGAAGUGGAACUUCUCCUCUGGUGGCAAUUGGUUCCGCCUCUGUAAGUACCGACUCCGCCCCUUUCCCUGAAGAACGCCAGUCGCCCAGUCAGAGCCAUGUGGCGCUGUGAAUGACUCACAUCAUACCUGACCAGAAGAGUCCUGAAAAAGGCUUUGUCUAGUUGUGGGUGAAGCUGGUCUCAUGACAGGCGGAACAUGAAGCUGCAUCUUCUCCUCUGUAGGGGGAGCAGCAGCAGGUGGAUGGUCGCUUUGCGCUUCUGGCGGUCUGACGAUAGGAGGCAGUGUUGCUGUUCUGCAACCAAGAACUUCAUUUCAAUUGUCGAAAACUUGUCAGCAACAGCGCGACAAAAGGGAUUGAACAUGAUACAAACAUGAUACAAACAUAACAAAGUUGGCACGAUCAUCUUAAAUAAGAAUAUUCUUAUAAACAUAUAGAUAAUAGAGAAUAUACAUUAGGUCGGUACAAAUAAGAAGUUAACUAAAAAAGACAAUCAUAUUGAAGAGAAAGGAAACAGAGAGAAAAUACUAAAAUACAUUUAAAAAAGAAGAAAACAGGCAGGGCAUAUCACAUUUCUCUGAAUAAUUAUAUUCACAGUAUGCACACAUUUCUUGUUAUCAAUAUCUUAAACACGUAAGGAAAUUCACAAAUUCAAUUUCAAACACAAGAAAGAAGGGACGACUUUUGGAAAAUAUAGCUCUAUGGAUGUGGAAUUUCCCCAUUAAAAUAAUCCGAUUGAUUUCUCCCCAUGAUCAUGAUAUAUUAAUACAUCUUUGGGUCCCAAAUUAAUUAGAAGGUUGGAUUGCAGGGUGGUAUAAUUUUCCUUUUUUUUCCCCAAAAAACUUGGGAAAACUCACAAUAAAAAAGGUGCUUUAUUGUUUCUUCUUCAGCAUGACAAAACACACAUUUGACCUCUGUGUUACUGAGUUUUGAUAAAUACGUGUUGGUGGGGUAAAUGUAGAAUUUUAUGUUGAACUUCUUUGAUUUUAUUACAGAUUGCAAAUUUAUGUGGGAGGAGCUAGUUGUUUUCCAAUUAAUAUUAGGGAAAGAGGAGGACCAUACAUAUUUUCCCGCGAAUGUUUUAGACUUGACGCAGCACCGGUGAGUGAGUGUGACCAGCAUCCAAUUAAUAAAGCCAUGGAAUCAGAUUUGGGUCAAUAAUAAUCAAAACAUUUGAUUUUGAACAAAAAAAAUGAAACUCAAACAAUUUUUUUUUUUUGUUUACAGUUCUCAAUUUUCUUCUCGCUGCUCAGAAGCACACACCAAACAGAACCGUUGUCUCCAGUUAAGCUCCCAAUAUAUUCAACAUCUGGUGCGUGACAAGAUGCAAGUGUGAUGUCUCACCUUGGUUCUACCGGCGCUUCUUUAGGAGGUCUGUACCUGCUGCAGCAGGUCGGGUAGAGUUCGGCAUAGCGGUCCUUCCAAGCCAAGCGGGUCAAUGUCUCCUUCUUGAUUUGUUCCCUGUACGCAUUCUGGCUCCGAGUUGUCAGCAGGCCACGCAUCUCCGGUCACAGGUGCAAGUCAACUCUUCACCAUGCAAGUUUAGUUUAAAACCGUAAAGUGUGAGUGUUUAAAAAACAAACAAAACGGAGGCGACCUGUGCUUAGCCGAGCAACCAGAGCUGGAUCAGUUUCUCACAGACAAGGAACAAGUGGAUCAGAUGUCGCACAAGUGAAAUGUGACACGCUGGGAUUGGUCUUGCUUAUUCAUAUAUAUUUUUAAAAGGCAUCAAAUGGCAAAACAGAAGUUUACUGUUUAUUUUUGGACCAUAGUUUUUUUUUCUCUUGUAACAAGGGCGUAACAAUCUAUUGUAUCUUCUCACCAGUGAAGUGCAUCCAUUCUCUUCCUCCUGUCUGAUGUUGGGUUGAGGGGGCAGCAGCUUAAGGAAAGCUGCCCCAACUUCCCCUCAAACCAAAGUCGUCCUCCCACAAUUGAUGACACAGAAGUCCACCAUCUUAGUUCCAGUUUAUUUCAUCAUCAAAUAUACAUUGCAGCGUUGCAUUUUACAGUAAAACAAUCAGAUGCUUAAGUGUUUGUUCCCCCAAAUCCUCCGUUCACUAUUAAAACUAGCAGUGAUUAGGUGUCAACAUUCAACGUUUCAUCAAGUGUUACAUACAAACACACAAGGUGUAAAACUAAAACAAGUUUGGGUCUCAAUGUGUUUGUGUGUAAGAAGCAGCCAGCUAAACUACCAACUACAGUCGUUGACUAGUAUCGUACAGUGCAGCAGUGCAAAGGCAGCGUCGCCAUGGCAACAGAAGGAAGGAAGCCAGUAAUAAAAAUCAGUAGUUGCGUUAAGUAACAUCAAGUCCAGUUCGGCAACACCAACAAAUUGUGACGCUCAAAGGGGAAAACAGCCAGUAAACUUUUUAACAACUUUUGGCAUUUUCAACAAGGCCACGGACGUCGGGACGUCCAGUUCGGCUUGAGCUUGAGAUGUUUAGUUUUCUAAAAAAAAAAAAAAAAAAAAUCCUGAAUUUUACUUUGAAAUGUCCAGUUAUUCCCAAAUCCAGUUUAAGCAAGACUCUGUUUACAUUAUGGCUCCACACAGAGUUCUGACCAGUUUUGGAAAAUAAAAAAUAAAUCCCCCCUUAAAAAAAUAAAUGUAUGGCCUGAAUAAGUGGAUACGUUCUAACAUGCAAUCUAAUUUAUUUUUCAUAAACAAAUCCAUAUUACGUCCAGUCUGUUGAAAUCCACUUCUUGUUUUCGUGACAGUUUCAAAGAUAUUCCAGUUCAGACUUUUAAAGAAUUUGCUUCAAUUCGAGGACCCAAGUGCAAAAAAAAAAAAAAUAAAUAAAAAUCUUGUCAUGGAAUUUCGAACAACAUUCCAGGAACCUUUUAUUAAAAAGGGGUCAAAUCAUUUGUUGCUGAUCUAAGUCCUGGAGAGACGAUUCGUACGUGUCUCUGAACUGACUCACCGAGCUUAGAGAUGAAUGAAUCAGAAUUUGUUCCAGUUCAUUAUUAAAUAACAAAUUUCAUUUGGAUUCAGACGCUUGUUUGAGUUUUUUGGUAUAUUAAAAUGUUGCAUUAAAAACCAUCCUUUCAUCUGUUAUUUCCGAAGUACGAUGAGCGUCAGAGUUUUAGGGGACGGUGACAUGGAAGGGAGACCCAGGGAUGUGGUCCUCCCCCCACUUGACCACCAGGAUGUAGUUGCCACGCUCCUUCAGCAGGUAGCUGACGUUGUACUGCAGGUUCCCCAGAUGUUUGACCAGAACUUCCUCGCAUGGGACCUGAGGACCGUGGACCCCGACCAGGAGCAUGUUCUUACCUGCAGGGGGAGCCAGAGAUGAUGAAGAGGAGCACGAGAGAGAGGCAAAUCACUUCGGGAUGACAAUCGCCACUCACCAGCUUUGCUGCAGUCCACAGAGAAGCUGCUCUUCUGGCCCACAAAGGCUCGACUCAGUCCAGUUCCACGACUCAGAACCUUACUGGCGUCGGUGUCGGCAGACCAGGACAUGGGGCUCUGGCCCAGGCUGGUGCUGGACAGCCGGACAGCAGGAUCAAGAGUCAUUGUGGUCGACUCACUGGCGUUCGUCACGCUCACCAGACGAGAGCCUAAAAGAGAAGCACAAGUGUACAGGGGAGGU